AUGACCAUAUGCGUAAAGAGUUUAACAAUGCAAGGUGAGUAUUGCAAAAAAGAUAUAGAAUGGAGAAGUGGAACUACCUGUUCUGCUAUUGGAGCUUUGCUUAUGAUUGGGACAGAGUCUUCAGUUUUUACCUUGACGAUCAUUACAGGAUUUAGAGUAUAUACUCUUCUGAGACCAUUUAUUGAAGUUAGCCUCAGAACAAUGCGCAAUAUUAUCGUAUUGUCAUGGACUCUUACUGUUGCUCUUGCCGCGAUUCCGUUGUUGCCAGUUACUGAAGACUACUUUGUGGAUAAUGUAUGGUUGAGUCAAAACCCAUUUUUUUCAAUAAUCAACAAAAAGGAAAUAAGAGAAAUAAAUCAAUGGAUUUCAACAAUACAAACUGAAAAUAAUGAUACAUUAACAUCAAGUGACUCAUGGUCAGCAUUGGAAACUAUGCUCAAAAGACUAAAUCCUAAAUUCAAUAUUGACCGAAAGUUUGGAUAUUACUCAUCUCAUACCGUAUGUCUUCCGACAGUAUUUCCGAAUCCAAUGAAAGAUAUGGCAUGGGGCUAUUCACUAAUCUUUCUCAUCAUCAAUUUCUUGGCCUUUUUUGUGAUUUCCAUCGGAUAUUUUGUGAUAUAUAAAAAUUCAACGCAACAAAAUAGAGCAUUGACCAACCAACAGUUGAAGGAAAGAGCAAAAAACAUGCAGAAAAAAGUUACCAUGAUUAUCAUAACUGAUUUCUUGUGUUGGAUGCCAAUUUGUAUCAUGGGAUUUCUACAAGUUGCUGGCAUGAAUAUACCAAACGACGCUUAUCUUCCUGUUGGGCUAAUGAUCAUACCAAUCAACAGCAUGUUAAAUCCUAUAUUGUAUUACGUCCCGUCUAAAGCAAUCAAAUAUCUUUUGGCAUUGUUCACCAGAAAAAAGGUUCAUGCAAAACACAAACCAGCAAUCGAAACCCCAGAAAAGAAAAUUGGCAAAAACGAAAAACAACAUGGAAACUGAACAAGUAUAAGCAUCUUGGUGAAACAGCACUCAUUAAAAAUUUCAUAAUAUGAAAGACCUUCUUAUAUAGGCUAAGAAUAGGAAGUGAAAUUGACAAUUUUAUUCUUCAAUCAUGAAAUAUUCGGUCACACAUUUUUGGUAUCAAAAUUUUCCUGAUCAAGAACUGUUCAAUAUUUGGGGCCUAAAGGUCAAACGUUGAAUAACUAUAAUUCUUUGUCAUUAAUUUUUAUU